CUGUCAAAAUGGUUGUUUAUCUUUGGGACCGUGUUUUUUGUUAAAAUAAAUAGAUUUCACUAAGAAAAACAGCAAUAAUACUCAAUUAAAACACUAUGGCUGAGCAAGAAGAAACUUAUUGUCGACUGUGUGCCGAGCCCACGCCGAAAGAUCAGCUAAUAUAUGCAGACGAGGACGUAGCCAUCAACUCCAAGAUUGCUACAAAAAUGCUGUGGAUAAAUAUUGAUAUUUCUAACGCUAAUACCUUACCAACAACGAUAUGCUUCUCAUGUUUCGACCUACUAGAACGCACUUGGUCGUUCCUUCACACUGUUAGAAGCGCACAGGAGAAAUUAACGUCAAUAUUUCUGCCGAAAGUUAGUAAGGAAACCGACGAUACGUCUUCAGAUGUGAAGACUGAGAAUAAGUCUUCAGCCGGUAAACCGGUUGACAAGAACUGGCAAGAGUUUCAAGCUACGAAAACCGAAGAUCCUGCCAUCAAAAUUGACCCUGAAAACUUAGAAGUCGUGGGCACUGUUGAUCCAAAUACCCUAAUAGACAAUAUUACUGUCAAGGCUGAACAAGUGAGCGACAAUGAUUACCAUGUCAACGACUCUGAUGGCUUCAACACAACGGACAGCGACAUCCCGUUACUUCGUUCUGUGAAAAAGCGAAAGGUGAAAAAAAAGAAAAGGAUUAAAUAUGACAUUGAAGUUACGGUUGAUGACUUGUUAAAGGCUGAAGUGGAUGCUGAACCGUUGCCUUUAUCAUCGCAGAAUAUGACAUGGGAGGACUACAUGUGCCACUGCGCAAGCUGUGAUGCCUUUUGUAAGAAUAUCCAAUCUUUACGGCUACAUUCUUUACAAAUACAUACUCGUUGUUGUGUUUUUAAAUGCUCAGACUGUGGCAAGGUUAUUGCUAACUUUAAAAACUUUGUAAAUCAUGUACGUACACAUAAGAACAUUCUUCGUUACUGCUGUGAGUAUUGUAAUAAGCAGUUCACUUUAACGGCCCUUGUAAAGAAACAUCUUAACACCGUUCAUGGUAAUGUUUACUUAACAACUUGUCAAAACUGUGGAGCUGCAUUUGAUUCCGAAGAGCUGUUGCAAGAUCAUUUGUUAUUAUAUUCUAAAGGCUUAAAAAAGAGUAGGAAAAAAGAUAACUUUGACGAGUGUGACUUGAAAUGUAACGAGUGUGGUAAAGAAUUUAAGUCUAAAAGCAAUUUGCAACAACACAAAUUGGUGCACACACAACGGAGCAGGGACUUUUCUUGUCAUAUCUGUGGUAAGAUGUUCUUUACAAAAGGCACUUUAAGCACACAUAUGAGCACGCACGAAGACACAAAACCAUUUAAAUGUGAAUAUUGUCCGAUGGCGUUUCGUGCCCGUGGUAACUUACAAUCUCAUAUAAGUCUACACUCCGGUGCGAAGCCUUUUGUCUGCGAGCAAUGUGGGAAAUCAUUCCGGGUCAAACGCCACUUGAAGUCCCAUUCCAUAGUCCAUACAGACUUAAUGCCUUAUGUAUGUGAAUAUUGUACUAAAUCUUUCCGUUUUAAAACUAGAUUAAACUUGCAUUUAAGACAACAUACAGGUGCUAAGCCGUAUAACUGUGUUUAUUGUCAAAGAGAUUUUACUAACGGAUCUAACUUUAAGAAACAUAUGAAGAGACGUCAUAAUGUGGAUACGUCUAAAAAAAGAUAUAAUAAUAUUGUUGUAGAUAAUAACCAAGAAGGGACAGAGAGUGUAUAAAAUAAUACUCAUUAUUUAUAACAUAACAUAAGCUCACAACUAUAUCCCAAUUGGGGUGGUCAGAGGUACAUCCAUCGCAAGAUGAACUAAGUACCCACGCCUCACCGAGCUUUCUGUUAGACCAACGUGAUAGGUGAGCCGUAUCGCCGUCUAUAAUGGUCGACCCAACUCUGUUAGUGAAAACUGCAUUUGCUCCCCGUUGGAGAAGCAAGCCAGUGUACGGCAGUGGAUAAUUAUUUAUGUUAGAAGUUAGUUUAUGUACAUUAAUGCCGAAUUAAAAAAUAUAUUACUUAAUUGAAAUGUCCCAUCAGUUAGCACAAGAUUAUAUGAAGCAUAUUCUUCAUUCUCUAUUGAAAAAUAUAAUGCUAAAAAUAAUCAAAAUACUUAUGGGUUUGUUUGUUUUGGAGUUAUAUUGCCACAAACGCACAUCACAAUAAACUUAUAACCUAUUCACUGCCUCUUUUGUAAAUGCAACCAAUUUUCUUAUAAGAAAAAUCAUAGUUAUAAGUAAUUUAUUUUAAUUUAAUUUUAGUUUUUAUUACGUCUUAUAGAUGGCGCCACAAAUCGAAUAACUAGGUAUUGCUUCAGUUUCAUCUCGCAUUUUAUAAUACCAUCAUUGUUUAAAAAAUGUUUGUUAUUAUUUUCAAACUAUUGUAUUCAUUAAAAAAUAAAAUCUUAUUGGAAAUCAUACAUGCAUAAGGGGACGCCUAUUUAUAGUGAAAAAGUGGGGAAACUUCCAAUAGUUCACGUUACUGGCGCUAGAUGUCACUAAUACUACAGCGACAUCUAGCGUAAUCAUUUAAAACUGACUUCAUAGAAAUCCGGAAAAGGUAGACAGAGGUGUACUGUCUCUCAGCCUCUCCUCACCAGCGUGUGCGUCAAGCCAGCGACCUCAAAAAAAUGGGCACGAAAAAAAUAUUUUACCAUACCAAAAAUUAGUACUCUUAUUGAAAAAAAUAGUACCUGUUGUAAAAAAAUUAGUACCAUCACGGUUCUAGAUUUAUAGCCUGUAUCUAGAUUUAUGUUUUAUUGCACUUGAUGGCUUGACGGUGAGCGAAAUUUGGCGAGAGUUAACGACAAGGUCUUUCGCUUUGAUUUAAACGCCAAAAAUUAGUACCGAAAUAGUACUAACCCCCUGCAAAAUACCGAAAUUAGUACUUCAACGGUCCCAAAGUUAUAAAGGCAGUUCUAAUUUUUUUUUCGUGCCCAUUUUUUUUUUUGAGGCCGCUGGCUUGGCGCGCACUCUCCAGCGGGCUUAGCACCGUAAGAGCGCGACUCUUUCUCGCCUCGACAUACGUAACCCGUCACUCUCUCACAGUACUGCACAGAAAGAGACAGAUGAUCUCUGUCGCGGCGAGAAAGAGUCGCGUGUUUACGGCGCUAAGCCCACAGCUAUUCUUAAAUCCCAUGUAAUAGAGGGCGAGCCUAUUGCCAUUAACCGGGCAGAAAUCCUGGAAACCACGCGAUGUCAAUACCCUAUGAUCCAAACAUGAAUUCAAACUCAUAAAGUCCAAUUGAGUGGUUUAGACUUUAAAGUCCGAUCCUGGAUUUGACCCUAUGUCACUACAAUGUACAUCACGCAUUCUCCGAAGAGGGUUAUCACAGAUUUUGUUCAGAGCUAUCACCUUAUGUUGGUCAUAAGUUUAUUUUAGAUAUUUUACUUCAAGCAAUAUAAACUCAAACUCAAAAAUAUAUUUAUUCAUUAAGUAACAGUUACACUUUGAAUCGUCAGUUUUGACAUAAAUUUCUGUCGAACUACUGCAGCUUCUCAUAUCCUUUCCAGGCUACGUUCCCGAAUGAGAACAUAGAUGGCGCUGUUUGCCUUCAUUUACCCUUCUAAUUUCUUGGAUAUGCAUCUAUUAUCUUUGUAUUUGGGUAUCAAUAAUGACUCUUGUUAUUACAUCCAGUUAUUCAUAUUAUUUGUUUGCAGGAGUAGUAGUAAAAGAGAGUGGGGUUGAACCUUUUUUUAUUUAUUUUUUUAUUUUGACGUGACUUAUUGUAUAUUUGCCGCAGAUGGCAUUAACUACUUGGCCGGACAAAUGGGGAGCGGUGGAGGCUCUCACCCGGUACAACAUUUAAGACAACAGGCCCGAGGGUGCCCAGUUGGGCUCGAACCUCGGCUCAGGGCGUCGUCUGAGAGGAAAAAUAUCUGAAAGAAUUGGGGUUGAACCGGUCACAGCGGUUCUCAUACAAAAUGCGCGUCAGGGCUUAUCAUCCUUCUUCUAUUCCGUGGUUUAAGCGUCAUGAAAGCGAAUACAUAUUUAAAGUAACAUAUCACACCACACAGUGGGCAGUGGUCCAGAACUAAUGUGCUAUGGAGUAUGAAGGGGAAGACACGCCUCAAGUAUUUGACUUGCCGCUAGUAUAUUAUUUUUUUAAGAUCGUCUAUACAUAUGACUGUUAGGCUGCGUUACCAUUGACGCGGAGCUGUGCGGAGUUGAGCUGAGAUGUGCAGGAAUCGACCAAUCACCGCGAGGGAGAGAGUGACAGAGCGUCUUCGUUUGUCGCUCUCUCGAACGCUGUGAUUGGUCAAAUCCGCACAUCUCCGCGUCAGUGGAAACUUAACCAUGAAAUUGGAUGGAUAAACGGAGGCAACUCUACAGCACCAUCUAUAUUUUAUUGGGGAACGUAGCCUGGAAAGUCCAGGAUUUAAUUUUGCUUGGCUGCCGAACCUAAACACAACACAUCGCUUUCUUUAUUUUUUAUUAGUACGACGGUAAUAAAGUGUUAUUAAAGUUAUUCAUUGUUACCCAAAACUGAUUGAAAAAUGGAAAUCAUUAAACCAUAAGCGAUAUAUAUAUAUAUAUAUAUUUUUAAAGUUUAAGUACUUAAUUAUAGCCUGAGGUGUUACAAGUAUGCAUUCGCUUAACGCAACGCUUAACCAAUCAGAAACGUGUGAUGACUCAAGCGAAUGGUAGAUCGGUUAAGCGUUGCGUUCACGAAAAGCGAAAGCGUCUUCGCUCGGUGCAUAGCUGAAUUGUGACGCUACGUUCCUCAAAAAUAAUACAGAUGGCGCUGUCCAGAUUUUAAGUGAUAAUUACCUACUUUCUCAUUGCUCGGGUACAUAAUUGUUUAAAAAUAUAUUAUAAUGGCGGAGGAUAUAUAAAAAUAAUUGUAACUUAAUAUUUGGACCAGAUUAUGUAUUACUAAUAAUAUAAUAGUUCCCAUAAUCUGCGAUAGCCCUACACGAACCGGGGAUUGUCUUUGGUUGCACUCCCAUAGUGUAUACAGGGAUAAUCGCCGGUUAGUGUCACAUCACAUUUAGAUUAAAUUGUCUUAAGGGGCCUCUGCGUGUUAGCUUCGGCCCCACGCACGCUUUCCAAAAGUCCGGGACUCCGUAGUCCCGAGAUAUGGAAAUGACCAACAUAAUAAUAAUAAAAUGUAUUUAUUUUUCCAAUAACUUAAUAACUAUUGGUACAGUAUUUUAUCUAUCUCUAGCAUUAUCUAUCUACAGUUAGAUAAUGCUAGAAAAUUAACAAUUUUAAAACACUGCUACAAGUACCAGCUAUCUUCCAUUAUGAUGCUACCCAAAUGGUUUUCUUUGUUUUAAUUAGAAUAAUGAGUGGAAGAUGUAUUGUGCCUGAGUGUAAUAAAAAAGGUCAUAAUUUAUACCCAAAAACAUAGAUAAAAUGCAUAACUAAGUAUGUCUGUUAUCUAUGAAAUUAGAAGGUUAAACAAAGGCAAAUUUUUACAACGCCAUCUAUUGGGGACGUAGCGUAGAAAGUCCUUCAUUAUCGGAAGAAAUUUUACUGUUAUUGUUUAUACUAUCAUUAUUAUUUUAAUAGAUAGAAAUGUACUUUAAUAAUGUAAGGCUUAAGUAUGUAAAUAUAAUAUUUAAGAUAA